AUGCCGCACUCCGUCUCCAAUGCCUCGACUGGGCUGCAAGCAGUGAUCCUUUGCGGCCCGGGAUCCUCAUUCCCGACAUUCACCUCGAAUCCCGAUGAGAAUCCCAAGGCCCUGCUUCCGAUUGCCAACCGGCCGAUGGUCUGGUACCCGAUCGACCUUUGCUAUCGCACUGGCGUUUCAAAAAUCACACUGGUUUGCCCACCUUCAGCGGCCAAAGCCAUGAAGGCUGCCAUGGGAACAAACCCCCAUCUCACUGGCUUGCCGAUGCCUAGACCAGAAAUUGUUUGCCCGGCAGAUCUCACGCAGACCACGGGCACUGCAGAGAUCCUGCGCCUACCCGAAAUUCGCAACCUCAUCACAGGCGACUUUAUCGUGCUUCCCUGCGAUCUUGUUUGUGAAUUUGGCGCCGAGCAACUCCUGCAAGCGUGGAUGGUCAAAGCAGCCAGUGCCACUGAUCUUCUAGGCUCCAAGGGCUUCUCCAAUGGCAGCCGAAGCCGCCAUAGCGGUGGUAUCGGUGUCUGGUACGAGACGAAAAACAACGUCACGGUGAAGGGCGAAGAGACAGACUUUGUCGCGACCACUGCGCUGCCUCAGUCUGCUACUAUGCCUCCAAAAGGCUCAAUUUUGGCCAACGUGUCUCGUGUAGUAUACACUAUGCCCACUGAUGCGCUCAACGAUCGGAUGGAAGAUCGCAAGGCGCUUGCGCUCCGCCACGGCCUGCUGAGGGCCAACCCCCGCAUCCGCAUGCUCACAACACAUCGCGAUGCCCAUAUUUACAUUUUCCCUCGUUGGGUACUGGACUUUAUAGAAGCCAACGACAGGUUUGAAAGCAUAGAUCAUGGAAUCUUGCAAGGGCGACACCGCAGAUGA